CUAUUGUUCAAAUGCAGCUUCGCUAGACUAAUUUGGGCCAUCUCACCUAUUCCAGCUCCUCCAAGAGGUGAAUGGGCAGAUUCGCUAUACGCCAACUUAUACUGGGUCUUGAAUCUGGAAAAGGAGCAGCCCCAAUUGGGAAAUACUGCCCAUUUAAGGUGCUGAGGAGAGCAAAAGAUGACUAUGAAGAAUGGAGCACCAUGAGAGUGGUGGAGGCUAGGAAUUCUGGUUCCAAAGUAGAGAAAACCUCACUCGGGCGUUGGAGACCACCGCCACACCAAUGGGUAAAAUGUAACACGGAUGCGUCUUGGCAUCAGGAGAACAAUAGAUGUGGUAUUGGUUGGGCCCUACGUAAUGAAAAGGGAGAAGUAUUAUGGAUGGGAGCUAGAGCAUUGCCGAAGACGAAAACUGUGCUGGAAGCUGAACUAGAAGCUAUGAGAUGGGCAAUUAUGAACUUGAGCAGGUUUCACUACAAGAAGAUCAUGUUUGAAUCUGAUGCUCAGUGUUUGUCUUUCUCCCUCAACAACAAUGCCCGUGAAAUGGGUUUUACAUUGGCAACCAAACCAAGGAUCAACAGUAAGCAGCCAAAUCCUAAACGAAGGAUUUCACUUGCGGAUCAGCCGAAUAAGUACUAUUUCAUUAUUAGGUCGCAGAGGAUUGUGUUGGAAGCUGAUUCUUCGAUUCAAUUGAUAAUGGAGAAGCUUCAGUCUUAUAAAUCGAAAGUUGCGCUUUACUUUGAUGGGUUUCAGUAUCAGCUUGGUGAUUUUAGGUUGAGAGUUGGUAAAGUUGUUCCUACUCAUUCUGAGAAUGUUAGAGGAAUUGUCAUGGAGGUGGAGUAUCUUCCUAUAUCAUCAAUGGAAAAGGCACAAAAAGUGAUGGAGGAGUUCUUGGAGAUAUGGAAUGAAGCUCUGGCUAAAAGAUCGUUGCCGGGUAAGUUUGUGAACAUAGAUCUCAACUUUGGGGAGUUUGGACUUGGAGACAACUACACUCCACAACACACUGCUGUUCGAUACGCUCUCGUGAUGGCUCACAUGAUAGCUACCGUUCAAGCUGUGAGAGGCUAAACUUGUUCUGAAAUCACCAAUAUGACUCACAUGUAUUUCUAGGUAAAAUUCUGUGUUCUGCAAUAUUAGUGAUUUCGUUGGUCAUGUUUAUCUAUAAGAAGAAUUGAGAAUAAAAAAAAUUGGACUUU